AUGGUUUUCUGGCGGGCUGCAGCACGCCCCAGCUGUCUCCGAGCUGCAGCAUCACGACCAUCGCGUCUGCGCACCUACCAUGAGCUGGCCCAGAGCAGGUUCCUGCAGGUCUCAGAAGAAGUCCGCGAUGCAGUAGCUACGGGAAAACCGGUCGUUGCCCUUGAGACGACAAUUUACACACACGGGUUUCCUUACCCGGACAACGUGGCGCUUGCGUCGCUAUUGGAGUCCGUCGUUCGACUGAAUGGCGGUGUUCCGGCGACUGUGGGCAUUUUGGGAGGUGUUGCGCGGGUUGGCCUGACUGCGGACGAGCUGAUCGAGCUGGCCGCGACGGCGGAAACGAAGAGCGCAUUGAAAGUGUCUCGUCGUGACCUAGGAUACAUCUGUGGUCUGGGAAUGGCUGGAAAACGCAUCCAUGGCGGUACGACCAUUUCUGGCACGAUGGUGCUGUCGCAUCUUGCCGGUAUCAAGAUCUUUGGCACUGGCGGCUUAGGCGGUGUUCAUCGUGGAGGUGAGACGUCCAUGGAUGUAUCUGCCGACCUGACUGAGCUGGGACGCACCCCCGUGACGGUCAUCAGCUCAGGAUGCAAGAGCUUUUUGGAUAUCCCGCGGACUCUUGAGUAUCUCGAGACGGAGGGAGUUUGCGUCGGCACGUUUGCAGAUGGCAGAGAGGGCCCCGUCGACUUCCCUGGUUUCUUCACGCGUGAGAGUGGAGUGCGUAGUCCUCGGGUCAUUCAAGAUGAAGCAGAAGCGGCUGCCAUCGUUUAUGCCCAGUCAAAAUUGCCGGUAUCCUCUGGGAUUCACUUUGCCAACCCUGUCCCGUUGGAAUACUCCGUGCCGAAGGCCGAUAUGGAUCGCAUCAUUGAAGAAGCCCUCCGGCUUGCCGAUGCAGAGGGCUAUCGUGGCAGUGACAAUACCCCCUUUGUCCUGGCCAAGAUCAAGGAAUUGAGCGGUGGCAGCAGCUUACCAGCUAAUCGUGCCUUGGUGGAGUCGAACGUCAAGCGUGCAACCAAGGUGGCCGUGGAGUUGGCGAAACUAGAACAGUCGGACCGAAGCGCAGGGGUCCGGCACAUGCCAGCUGUUUCGGGUGUUACUCAAGCAGCAGAAAAGAAACCAGAAAUCCCAACUACCCCUCAUGAACCGGUUGCCAGAACAGAUAUCCUGGUCGCAGGCUCCCUCGCCAUCGACCUUUCCUGUGACUACACCCCGUUCGGCGACGAGCGUGCCCAAGUGGCGCCUUUACCGCACACAUCCAACCCAGCCGCCAUCGGGCAAAGCCUGGGAGGCGUAGGCCACAACGUCGCCUUGGCUGCCAACUAUAUCGGUGGUAAUGUGCUCUUCUGCAGCGUCGUCGCCGACGACCUCAGCGGUCGCGCCGCGCUCUCUGCCCUCGAAAAGGAAGGUCUUAGUACAGCAGGCAUCCAGGUCCUUCCCGCCACACCUGGCACACGCACAGCCCAAUACAUAGCCGUCAACGACGCCAACAAAGAGUUGCUAGUCGCCAUGGCCGACAUGGGCAUUUUCGAGUUCCCAGAGAAUCAGCUUGAUUUUGACGGCUUCUGGGAGCCCCUGCUGCAGCGCACUCAGCCGCGCUGGGUCGUCGUCGACGCAAACUGGCGGGCCGAACUGCUGGCUAAAUGGACCACGCUAGCCCGCAAGUACGGCGCCCGCGUAGCCUUUGAGCCCGUGGCCAACGCCAAAUCCAGGCGUUUGUUUGGAAGAGAUUCCAGCGGCGCCGGUGCUACUAUCGGCCCUGAGCACACACUGCCCAACCACGCCAUCAGCCUCGCCUGUCCGAACCGCCUCGAGCUCGCGGCCAUGCACGGUGCUGCUCGAGAUGCUUCCCUGUUUGACUCCCCGGGCUGGUGGCGCCUCAUCGAUGCAAUGGGUCUAUCACCGGCUGGCUCGCGGGAUCGUCUCGUCGCUUUGACCUCCCCUGCUCUCGUUGAUGAAGGCCUCCCCCAGCAAUCUCUCCAGCUUCUCCCGUUUAUUCCUUGCAUUCUCACCAAGCUCGGCUCGGCCGGCGCUUUCCUCACUCAGCUUCUUCCCCCCGGUGAUGCCCGACUUACGGACCCGGAUGCUGCAUCGUAUAUCCUGGCGCGCACCUCGCCUUCGGCAGACGUUCCCUUCGGCGGUGUGUACAUGCGCCUGUUCCCGCCCGAGGCUGUUAUCCAGCCCUCGGAUGUCGUCAGCGUCAAUGGCGCAGGCGAUACCCUGCUGGGUGUUUUGAUUGCUGGUCUCGCGAGGAGUGAGUCCGCUCGAGUUGAGGACAUCCUCCCCGUGGCCCAAGAGGCGAGCCGGAGGACGUUGGCGAGCCCUGGCGGUGUGAGUGCUGAUUUGGUUGGGCUGCGCACAUCGCUGGUGCAAUAG